AUGGCUGGCCCUUCCCCUGACAUGCCAUCCUACCCCUUGCCUGCAUCCGGCGGCCAUGGCGUGGUACCCCCCGAAGCCUCGGUCAUGAAACUGACCAGAGGCCACUCAUGCGUUCUCUGUCAACAACGUAAAGUACGCUGCGACAAGAACAAGCCUUGUGCCAACUGUGUCAAGGCUGGCGUCGAUUGCAAGGUCGUCCCUCCUCAGCCCCCUCGCCGGCGCAAGAAAAAGCCACAGGAGAGGGAGCUCGUCGACCGCCUCAGGAAGUAUGAGGCCCUGCUCUCCCAACACGGCGUCGACUUCGAGCCGAUUGGUCAGCAUCUCAGGUCCUCCGACAUAGCCACUGAUGAGGUCGACGAGAUCGAGCACGGCAUCGAGGGCCUCAAGACAUCUCCUUCCUCGACGGGGCAAGAUGGUGUCUCUGGCGACAAGCCGCCUUUCAAGUGGUUUCCAUACUACAAAGAUCAGUUCAGAACACAAGAUGCCCAGUUCAGGGAUUCUUCAGAUGAUGGCUCUGAUGGUCCAAUGAUCCAUCAUGCUUUCGACAAGAUGUUUGACGGCCAGGAUGGCUUCCCUUUUGUGAUUGGAGGGUCAGAUUCGUCUGUCACCAACCUACACCCUUCUGGCGUUCAGAUCUUCCAGCUAUGGCAGAUCUACCUGGAGAACGUCAACCCGUUACUAAAAGUGACGCAUACACCUACCAUACAAGGCUCGUUGAUCGAGGCAGCUGCAAAUCCUGCGAAGAUCGCGAAGCCGCUCGAGGCCCUGAUGUUUAGCAUAUAUUUCAUCGCUGUCGUGUCUAUGACCGAAAGCGAAGUGCGAGAGACGUUCCAAGAGGACAAGAAUCGACUGUUGUCCAAAUAUCACCACGGUACUCAGCAAGCUCUUAUCAACGCCGGAUUCAUGCGGAGCCCGGAUCUUGUCGUCCUUCAAGCAUAUGUGAUGUAUUUGUUCCAUCUGGCCCCAUUCGAGGUCGAGCUCAGGCGUCGGCUCUGGUGGCAGCUUGUGGUCUUCGACAAAAGAAUCGCCGAGAUCACAGGGUCGACAAUCACCGCCUUGUCCGCCAGCAAAGGGGACUGCCAAUGGCCCCUGAAUAUAAAUGACACAGAUCUGCACGUUCAUGCCAAGGAUCGAAUUGCACCGUACCGUGGGCCUACGGAGAUGUUGUUCUGCCUCACGAGGUUCGAAUUAACAGCUGCUGCAGACAUCGACGGCGUCCGACCGGUACCGAAUCUUGGGGCGACCGGCGGCAAACCGAAGUUCCAGUACAGUGCGUCUCCAAAUUCGUCCGACGUAGUAACGAACGCCGCCAAUCACAACCUUCCCAUGGCAGACUUGGACAGCUACGUGACCUACUUUGAGGAAAAGUACCUGAAGCAUUGCGAUCCAAAGGUCCCCCUACACCUCUUCACCCUGUUGAUGACCCGGCAAUCUCUAUCCAAGCUCCGCAUCAUCGACUACUUGUGUCGCGGGCAUAUACAACAACACCCAGACCCCAAAACCGUACCAGCAGGCCCUGAGCGCGCACUCCGCGAAUCCAUGUUCGAGGAGGGAGUGCGUGUGCUCGAGUACGAUAUCAUGAUCCAGGGGCACGAGUCACUCCAGGGCUUCAGGUGGUUUACGUUCAUGCACUUCCCCUUGCCAGCUUACAUGUAUCUGGUCGGCGAGCUGAGGUACAUAACCAGCGGCGAGAUGUGCGAGCGAGCGUGGGCGGCCAUACUCGAGGACCACGAGAAGAGAGGAAUGGUCAAUAACUUGAGAAGCCCGAUGCACACAGCUAUGGGUGGUAUAAUGCUCAAGGCAUGGGAUGCUUACGAAGCAGCGAAGAAGCAGAUGGGGAAGCCCAUAUCACAGCAGCCGAAGCUCAUCGGGAUUCUCAGAGACCGGGCGAAGUCGAUGAACGCGAGCAGCAAAGAUGCCUCGUCUUCCUCACAGCAUUCAGGACCAGAGUCAAGUAGCAGGGUCAGCGUCAGUGCAUCAAGCGGCCAGGGUAGUUACGGUGCUCAGCAGCAGCAGCAGCAGCAACAACAACAGCAACAACAACAGCAACAAUCACAGCAGCAGCAGCAGCAGCGACAACAACAGCAACCAGACAUGAACAUGCACAGCGCAGGGAGUUCACCACCCAUUGCGUCUGUGUCUGCACCUGCCGCGGGCGGGAUGGGGUCUAUGGGCGGCGGGAUGUUCGCGGGCGGCGGCUUCGAGGGGAUCAAUCCGCACAUGUUCAACUCCGGAGUCAUGCCCAGCGACAUGGAUUUCGGGGCCAUGGAUUGGAGCUCAGUAUCCGCAUGGGGAGGAGCCUUUGCUACGUAUGACCCAUUUCUCACAGCCGGGAAUGUCUGCGCCAUAGACUAG